AUGCCAUCAGUCCAAGACCUAAAUUCACGAAGGAAUCCCAAGAACAAUGCAGCUACAGGAGCCUCCGCUGCGGGCGCACGGGCAAUUGGCUCACAAGCCGUUGCCUUCUACUUUCGAGCUCCUGCCUUUGCUAGAGCAAUCAACCCCCGCGUGCAAGCCCAAGAAAGCUGGUCCCUCCGCAUGAGUACACCUGCCUUACUCGCACACGCUGUAAAGACUUAUGGCUGGGGGUUCAUACCGAAUCAUGUCUUGCCCCCUAUGCUGGCCAACAUCAGCGUCGGUGCCAUUCUAUACACAUCAUACCUGCAAAUCCUUGGUACAUUACAUCCACCUUCUUCACAAUCCCUGAAGAGAGUUUAUCCGCCGCCUCCACUUUCCGCCACUUUCCGAGCUGGAGCUGCGGCUGGAGCUAUACAGUCCGUCAUCGCAGCUCCACUGGACGCCCUCUCCGUUCGCUUCCGUACAUCAGACAUAUUGAACAACCGUUAUAGAAACAUGUGGGAAUAUGGGGCUCAAAAAACAAGAGAAAUUGGUAUGCGAGGCGUGUUUGCUGGCUGGGGUCUCAAUUGCAUCAAAGAUUCGCUGGGUACUGGGCUCUUCUUCACGACUUUCGAAUUUGUUAAGGCUCAAGCCUACUAUAGAUUCAUCGCAAUGUAUUAUGGCGACCUACGAGGUGACUUAUUCUCCCCUAUACUAAAGCCUAAACUCGAUGAGUCGGGACCCGUCGAUCUUAUCAAACCACACUAUGCCAUAGAGCCUACAUUUCUAGCCUUUGCUGGCAUUACCGCCGCUGUCGCUCAGCAGACGGUCUCGCAUCCUCUUGGACGCGUUCAGGAUGUCUACUAUCGCUCAAUAGAGGCCGUAGAUCGAGAAGCCAAGAUGUCGAAGCACAGCCACGAGAUGGUGCAAUCGCAUAUUAGACGGUAUCAGAAGACUUUUGAAAUUUGUGCACCGCGGGUCAGAAAGGCUGGUAGUUGGAGAAAGUGGCUUUUCAGGGGCUUUUGGUGGAAUACCAUCAAGCAAGUCCCAAGCACGGCAGCUGGUCUCAUCAUCUUUGAACUGGUCAGGAAGAGAUAUGGCUUUGCGUCUGAGGCCGUGAAAAUUGAAGAAGAUGGCUAUGACAUACUUCUGACAUAG